UAUUUUCAAGCGCACUCAGCCGCCGGAAGUUUAACGGUCACCGCGUUCAUGUGGGUCCAUGUUGACAACAAAAAGUGGAGCCGAAAACAUUGAAGUGUAAAGAUUCAGAGGGGAAAUAUACAGACUUCAGAAUAGAAAAUGUCCGACAACGAGGACAACUUCGAUGAUGGAGACUUUGAUGAUGCGGAGGAGGACGAGGGAUUAGAUGAUCUGGAAAACGUGGAAGAUGAAGACCAGGAGAAUGUGCAGAUCCUCCCAGCAGGAGAAGGUCAGCAGGCAAACCAGAAGAGGAUCACGACACCAUACAUGACUAAAUACGAGAGAGCCAGAGUGCUGGGGACUCGAGCUCUGCAGAUAGCCAUGUGCGCUCCUGUUAUGGUGGAGCUGGAGGGAGAAACGGACCCUUUGCAAAUAGCUAUGAAAGAACUGAAGAGCAGAAAGAUCCCUAUCAUCAUCCGCAGAUACCUUCCUGACGGCAGUUAUGAGGACUGGGGCUGCGAUGAGCUCAUCAUAACCGAUUAAACAACUUAUCCACUGAUAAAACAACGUGUGGUGGUUCACAGCCACCAUUGUACCAGGUCUGUCUGCUACACAAACCCAGGAGAGCCCCCAGAGCGCAGCGUUCAUCACCUCCAUGUUCACAAAUAGAUUUGAUCCAAAUAUAUUUUAAGACGUUACUUGAGAUGUCGCACACAGACCACACAAAGACUCAUGAAAAUAAAACACUGUAUUACUUACAGGUUCAUAAUCCUGUGAACUGACUUAUCUUCUAAUUAUUAGUAAUGAUUAUGUUGUCUGUGCAUUCCAUGCAACUCAAGUCAAAUUUGUGAGUUAGAAACUACUUUGCUCAUCCUUUUUAGCAGCUGCAUUACAACUAAUAGCCACCAGGGGGAAAUGUAACUUUAGUUUGUUUUACAAAAUAAUCCCAUGUUGUAAGUUUUCCAUUUGUUGUUUUUGAUGAAAAGUAAUUAGUGUAAAGUAACAGUUUUAUUGUUAUAAAUAAACUCUUUUGUAUAAAUUGCA